AUGGGGGCGGCUGCCGGCGGGGACGCGCGGGAGGGGGCGGCGGCGGCGGCUCCGCUGGACCCCGGGCGCGGGCUGCCCCUGCCCCGGGGGGCCAGGAGCCCUGCGGCGUCCCAGGACAAGCUCUUCUUAAUCAAAGGUGGAAUUUUUCUAGGUACCGUUGCUACAGCAGGAAUGAUAGCAGGUUUUGGCACCACACUUGCCAUGACAAAAAAGAAGAACCCCGACUGGUUCAGUAAGGGGAUUACUGCCACAGCUGCAUUACCAGAAAGUGGUUCGUCACUGGCCUUACGAGCCCUAGGAUGGGGCUCGCUCUAUGCGUGGUGUGGAGUUGGAUUACUCAGUUUUGCCAUCUGGAAGGCUCUGGGUGUGCACAGUAUGAAAGAAUUCCAAACUAAAAUGCAGUCAAUGUUUCCAGCAAUUCCUAAAAAUAGUGAGUCCGCUGUUGAAUGGGAAGACUUACUUAAAUCCAAGUGAAAGACUCAGAGCCUUUUGGAGAUGUCUCAGCAAGAACAGGAGUGGAAGUAGCAGAAGCGUCCCAUCUGAAAAAGAGAAGAAAACUCAAGACUGAGCACUGACUGAGUUCACUGAAUCUGGGGAUGCCAGUUAACAUCUAGCAGCAAGGGAAUUAAAAACAAAACAAAGCAAAACAAUUUAUACUGUACUUUUCAGCAUGCUUGGUAUAGUUGAUUUUGCAAGAAAAUGAACCCUCCAAGAUAAGUUGGAUCCAGCUUGAAAAAAGACUCUCUCUCUUAUGAAGACUUAAAGAAGAAACUGAUCUUCAGUAGUAAGUAUAAGGACAAAACCCCAAUAAACUCUUAUCCCAUCCUGCUUCUUAAGAGAAAUUUUAGGAAAUUUCUCUAGGAAACAAAGAACAGUACUUUCAGUGACAUUUACAUGUCCCAUUAGGAAUAUAACAGAUCUGUUACUGAGCCUGAAGGUAAAGCAUACAGAGCAGUCUUCUAAAAAUAAA